AUGACAAAAGAGAAUGAUUUUGACAUGAUAAUAAUGAAUCCUAUUAUCUUGGAAAGUAAAUGUUCACCACGUCUGUAUCCAUCUCCACAAAAUGAUUACUUAUUUCAGAAUAACGAAGAAAUAACAGCCUAUGAUCAAUCAUGUGAAUCAGAUAUAAUUGAUCAAAAUUUUGCUGCUCGAAUUAUUCAAAGAUCAUGGUGUUCUUACAGAAAUAAACAGCUAUUUCGCCUCCUCAAGCACACAAUCUGUGCAGCGGAACACUGCCUGACAACUAACAUUCUAAGAAAACUUCAGCUCUCCGAUGCUGAGCUCCUGAAGGAUACCAGCUUGUCAUAUAAGAUCAGAUUCAGGUUUGCCGGAGAAGAAUUUCCACCUAUCCUUGUGUUUAAGAUUUUUCAACACGUUGGGAAUUGUAAAAAUCACUAUAUAAGUGGGAAAAGAAUAAUCAGACCUGCGACUGAGGCAGCAGCUGCUUCCUGCAAAAUUAUGGGACACAGGAAGUUCUACGACCUUAUUAUAGAAGAUAACCUUCAGUAUCAAAGAACCAAAAUAGCAGAUGAAACUGAUGUUGUUACAAUGAAAGAUUAUAUGCAGUACAUAAGUAGUCUGGAUGAGACUCCGGCUUAUCUUGGUGGAAAAGACAACUACUGGAGAAUGUUGACCCUGACAAACCUACCCAGGACAACAAUUAUGUAUGACAUAAUGGACUAUGUUCAAAACAAAACUUUAUCUCAGCGUUUGAAAGAUGAAUUGCCAACUCUGUUUUCUAAACCCACUACUGAAGAGAUUCAACUUCAACAUAUUAGAACCAUCUCUCAGACCAGAUCACCAACUCCAUCCAUAAGCAUUCCUCCAACUCGAUCGUCAACAUCCACAAAAGCAGCAAGAAAGACGCAACGCCGUUCUUACAAAGCACGACGAAAGGUUUCCAAAAUGAGAAAGAUUUAUGGUUUGGAUAAAAACAAAGAGGAAGUCCUGAAUAACCCUACUCAUCACAGUUAUGCACAGGAUGGUUCACAGAUUAUCACCAGUUGUGAUCAAGAUAAGAGAAGUCCAGCUGUUCACUUAACUUCUGAUGAAGAGUGGGAGCAUGAAGUGGAUGAACUCUAUGCUUGGACACAAGAACUAUCGCUUGACUAUUAG